CGUGUAUAAAACGCCCGCAAACCACCAAACUCCGCCUCCUGAACACACCACCCCUCGUCUCCCCACGGAGGCCGUCCUCUCCUCUCCUCUGCGUCCGCCACUGCCCACCGCUCGCCCGCGCGCGCUCCAUUACCUCGGCGGGCGAUGGCCGACCUAUCCAACACCGGCUCCACCUAACACGAGCAGCGCCCCCGCCUAGGCGGCAGCUGGCUGGUCGGUCGUCGAGCAGCUAGCGGCGGCAGCGCCCGGAGGGAGGCCGUCUCACUCUCCUCGUCGGGGCGGCAGGAGAUGGAGGCCAUCGUGGGCGUCCGCGCGCCGCCGCGUGGCCGUGCCUGGGCCGGCCUCGAGAAGCCGCCGCGCGCCGCUUGCCGCGCCAGAGUCCCGACGGCGAGGCUCGCGGUCGCGGCGGACAGGCCGCGGAGGCUGGUGCUGCUGGGCGCCGAUACGCGGAGGGCCGCGGAUCCUGCCCUCCGUUGCGCCGCGCAAUCUGCAGGAACAGGAAAGGUCCACUACUCUGCUGAUGACGCUCUCAUACUACAGCAAAAAGCCCAGGAUGUUCUGCCUUACUUGGAUGGCCGUUGCGUUUAUCUUGUUGGAAUGAUGGGUUCAGGCAAAACUACAGUUGGGAAGAUACUAUCCGAAGUGUUAGGUUAUUCGUUCUUCGACAGUGAUAAGUUGGUAGAGAAGGCUGUUGGUAUUUCAUCUGUUGCUGAGAUCUUUCAGCUCCAUAGCGAAACAUUCUUCAGAGAUAAUGAGAGUGAGGUCCUGACGGAUCUGUCAUCAAUGCAUCGGUUGGUUGUUGCAACCGGAGGUGGUGCAGUGAUCCGACCAAUCAAUUGGAGUUACAUGAAGAAAGGGCUGACCGUAUGGUUAGAUGUCCCACUGGAUGCACUUGCAAGAAGAAUCGCUGCUGUAGGAACCGCGUCUCGACCACUCUUGCAUCAGGAAUCCGGUGAUCCUUAUGCAAAGGCUUAUGCAAAACUUACGUCACUUUUUGAGCAAAGAAUGGACUCGUAUGCUAAUGCUGAUGCCAGAGUUUCACUUGAACAUAUUGCAUUAAAACAAGGCCAUAAUGAUGUCACUAUACUUACACCUAGUACCAUCGCCAUUGAGGCAUUGCUAAAGAUGGAAAGUUUUCUUACCGAGAAGACCAUGGUCAGAAACUGACCUCUUGAAUGAGAGGGAAAGGAUGCUGACAACAUGUGGCCCUUGUUUGUUUAAUUGUACAUAUACCUUUGCAUUAUUGCCUAAACUCUUUCUACAGUGUUGUUGGAUUAUUGUUUGUGCAGCAUGAAAGAGGACCGUUUGAGUUUGUAUUUAUGCAAAUGAAUAAGUAAAUAACUUUCAGUUAAAACAAUGACAAUUCGUUAUUUA